GUUUUCGCGGCUUUCGAAGAAGCGGCGCGCAGGUAGGGGAGGGAAGGAGCUGGGGUCGUAGGAGGAGGCAGGCAGGCCAACGGGCCCCGCUCCCCUUCCUCAGGACAGAAUAGUCAUAAAGGAUGCAAGGAACAAAACUGAUAGAUCUGUGCAGAUAAAUAAUAAAGUUAACGCUAUGGUUAGAAACCAGGCAGUUGCUAUAAUAGAAGAAAAUGGCUAUCAUGAUUUACAAACCAAAGUCAAGGCAAAGAAAAAGAAGCGCUUGGUAAAUGGAGAGGGUUCAGAUCAGAUAGAUUCAAUGAAGAAAAAUGCUUCCAAAUUGAAGAGCAAAGGUUGUACAAACCUUCCUAUUGUUAUAGAAAGCAGUUCAGAUUCAGAAUUAUUAAAAGAAACUGAUGAAAUGCCUAAGAAGCUCAAGAGAAAAGGAACACAAAGAUUUUCUUGUAAUCAAGAUGGUGAUGGUGAGAUUUCUAGUAAAGAGCUGCCAAUAGAACAGCAGGAAGCCCCUUUUUUCAUUAGUAAGAAACGCAAAAGGGAUAUUCCAGACAGUGAUGGAGUUGGUGAUGGAUUUCCUGCAAAGAAAAAGAAGAAAAAGAAAAAACACAAACCUGCUCACUGUGUAAUACAACUUAGUGGAGAAGAUGAGCAUGAGCCUGUAAAACACAUCUCCAAAAAACAAAAAACCAUUUCCCAGGAGACAACGUUUCAGACUCUUGUCCAAAAUGCUGCAGGUGACAAGGAUAUUGUAAAGGGGGGAAAAGUUUGCUGUUUAAAAGAAAAAGGUAUUGCCAACACUGUACACCAGUUAGAAGAAGAAUUUGGUUGCAAGAGGAGAGCUCUUGGUUUUCAACAGCAUCUAGAGGGCACACCCAAUGUAUCAGAAGAAGAAAGCAAAGUAAUGAAGAAGAAGAAGAGGAAGAAAAAGAAAAGAAAGCAACCUCUUCUGACAUCAGAGGAUAACCAGGAAAAUCAGUCUUGUGUUUCUAUUGAAAGCCAACCAAAACAAAAAUCUAAAACAAAGCCAAGCAAUGGCAAGGAGAAAACAGGUCUGAUCUCAAACUCUGAACAAGACAACAAAGUGAAGAAGAAGAAGAAAAUGAAGAAGAGGAAAACCCAAACCAAAGUUGCAAGCGAUCAUCCAGCUCUCUUGGAAAAUGAUGGAGAUGUGGCUACAAAAGAGAGCUGGUCAGCAACAAAGAGGACUAAGAACGCCCCCAAAUCCAAAAAGGCACAAGACCAUGUAGUGAGCUCGGAAGAUGGCAGAUCUGAAAAUGACAGCAGGCAGCACAUCAAGAAGAAAAAGAAGAAGGACCGGGAGAACAGAGACUCCAAAGCCUGUGAAGAAGAGCCCAGUUUCAAGAAAGCAAAGAUUAAACAAGAAGCAAAGGAAGGGGAUGAAGAAAUAAAAGUGGUGGCGUUUAAGAAAGGAAACUGUGACGAAAUACAAAUAGACAAGUUGAGACGGCAGGCUCUCCAGGAAGAGAUUGACAGGGAAUCUGGCAAAAUGAAGACUGUCAAGGAAGAGGGAGAAUCGGAUGUCCAUUUUGGCCAGUGGACCACAGCGACCUUUGAAAAUUCAGAGCAAAAAACCAAGUUCCUCCGGCUGAUGGGUGGAUUUAAGAAGGGUUCUGUGCCAGUCCAAGGUCCUCCAGCACAUGCCUCCAAGCUGAACAUGGCUUUGGACAAGAGCAAAGAGCAGAACCUGCAGCAGAAGCUACAGACUGAAUUUGAGAAGGCGUUAGCUUGGAAGCACCACAGAGGCAUCGGCCUUGGAUUUCAGCCUCCCAUUCAGAAGCAGGUGCACAUAGAUAAAUUUGCAUCAAGAUCUAUAAAAUUUGAAGGCUGAACUAUAAGGGAGGCUUUCCUAAAUCAUGUUUGGUUUCCUUAACAGUGUUUCUUCUGGAGGAGGGAUCAGGGGGAGAACAAUAUUUGUUGGAAUGACUAAGAAUGAAGUCCCACGUUAAGAAUGACUAAGAAUGAAGUCCCACGUUAUUUGUUUGCAUAAAACAUUCUGCAUUGGGUUUGCCCAACUGACUUGUGAGUUGGUUCAUCUGCAGAUAUGCCAGAUCACACCCAUCCCUUCCCCUCCACCUAUUAUGUCCUCACAUGGCAAUGGUGAUGCAUCCAAAUUGCAUUCUGCCCAAAAGAUGUUUGCUUGUUCUGCAAGCAUAAUAGCUUCCCCUCAGCUUUCUGCCCACAGCUUCCUUGGUGGCUGCUAUUAUUAAGGCAGUAGAAUUCUGCUUGGCAAAAUGGCUCAGCAAGUCUCAUCACCCCCCUCCCUUUUAUACACGAUGCACUUACUAAGCCCCAAGCAACCACUCCCUUAACAGCAGCUGACUUUGAUUCGUCCAGUUUUUGAACUCAUUCCUAGUUUCCAGCAUCCUUGUUCUCUCUGCCUCAUUUUCUUCUGUCCUCAGAUGCAUGGUGCUCCUUCCUACACGACUCAUUGUAUAAGCAAAGCUUGCAGACAGACAGCUUAAAUAACUUGUCUUUCAUUAUGUUUCUCUCCAUGUUCCACUGAGCAUGGGUGGGAUUCCAUUUGUUUAAACAGAAUUACGAGCAAACCUCUAUGGCUGAGAUUUCCAAUGCAACACCAGCAACAAAUAUGUUUGCUCCUGCAAGGACAUGCAAUACCAUGCAGUGACCUCAUGGCAGUGAUGCCACCAAAGGGCACUGUUCACAGUGCUUUGUUGUAGCAGAAACCUCUUACCAUACAGGACCACCAAAUCCCAACUUUUUUUCUUGAAAAUGGAAGGUCUGGCCACCAGAGUUAUCCUUAAGGACAUUGCAGGGAUAUUCUAGGAAUUGUGCCCCUUACCCUUGCUCUUCACAAUAUUACUCCACCCUGUUUUGGCCCUGGCUUCUCACUGUCACCUCUGCUACCCCAGUUGCUGCACCCUCAGCUACACAAAGGCCACUUGCUGUUUAAUACAGGCCUGAUGUUAGCAGCCAGAUUCCCUGGUACCACAGAGCCAAAGGGAGGCACACUGGCCUCUGCCAAUGGUCAGGGCGACUAAGGGUCACUGGGAGGCUGGAGCCUUUGCCUUCUGGGAAGAACAUCACAGCAAGUCAAGAGCAGCUGCAGGGAGCUUGCUUCCUCCCUCAAUGCCAGAAAGGACAACUCUGUUGCAACCUCCCGGUGUUCUUGAACUAUGAAACCAAAGGGAGGUACACACUGGCUUGUGCCAUGAGCCAGAGAAGUAAAGGCUGCCAAGCCAUGGCUACAUUCUACCUCCACUGCUGAAGCCUUUAUGCUGGUUGCUGGGGAGAGCGAUGUCCUGAUUGGGGGUUCCCAUUGGCAUCUGGUUGGCCACUGUGAGAACAGGAGGCUGGACUAAAUGAGCCUUUGGCUUAAUCCCGCAGGCUCGUCUUAUGACCUGGGUUUGCAAAGGUGAGCUUUUGUAUUACAACAACUUGUGCUAAAGCACCUAGAGAAUCGUUCAGUUCAAGGGCUGGUUCAAAAACCUCAAAAUAAACAAUUAUUCUCCCUU